AUGUCCGCGGUCGAAGAAUUCAAACUGCAACAAGUCACGGCAGACUCGGAGCCGCCGAAGAGAGACAUCCACGACGUCAGCACACAGCAACUCCUUCUCCAGAGUCCUGCGCCACCACCGGUGGAAAUCCCAGAUGGUGGCCUCCGUGCGUGGAUGUCCAUCCUCGGAGGGUUCAUUGUGCUGUUUUGCACACUCGGAUACCUCAACUCGUUUGGUGUCUACCAGGCGUACUUUACACUCGCUGGGACGUCCAGCUCGUCCAAUAUCAGCUGGAUCGGCUCUCUGCAGCUCUUCCUGACAUUCUUUAUGGGGCUGCCAGCCGGGCGACUGCUGGACAAGGGGUACUUUCGCAUCACCACAAUCGUUGGAAGUCUACUGUUUGUGUUCUCGAUGUUCAUGCUCUCGUUGACCGAUCCUCACGAUUACUACCAGAUCAUCCUCUCACAAGGCAUCGGGCUGGGACUUGGUAGUGGGCUGCUGUUAGUCCCCGCCCAGUCCGUCCAAGCUCACCACUGGAAGCGACGGCGUGCAUUUGCCAUCGGGAUCGUGUCGACAGGCAGGUCCUCGCACUGUGCCGGUGUGGGCGGGAUUGUGUACCCGAUCAUGCUCAACCAGCUCAUACAUGGCUCGGCGGGGUUCGCAUGGGGCGUGCGCGCGUCGGCGUUCUUGACGCUCGGCCUGCUCGCCAUCGCAAACUGUCUCAUGACAACGCGGCUGCCUGGAAGGAAGGACGGGUUGGCGUCCAUGGGCAUGCUCAAGGCUUUCUUUGCCGACCUCGCGUAUAUCGCGUUGAUGAUUGGGUUCUUCCUGACGCUCUGGGGACUGUACUAUCCAUACUUCUACCUCCAACUAUGGGUGAAUCUCCACGGGCUGUCCGAGAACCUCGCAUUCUACACCAUUGCGAUCCUCAAUGCGGCCUCGAUCCCGGGGCGGGUCGUGCUGAACAUACUCGCGGACGACUUUGGGGUGUUCAACGUGCUGUGUCCCGUCAUCUUCAUAAUGGGCAUGCUCGUGUUCGCAAUGUUCGGCGUGACGCAUACUGGCUCGGUCAUCGUCUUUGCGAUCCUCUACGGAUUCUUCAGCGGAUCCUACUUCUCACUGUCCCCCGCGGCACUCACAUCGCUAGCAAAGAACGUAGAUGAAGUCGGCGUCCGUCUCGGGGCAGCAUACUUCAUGGGGUCGCUCGCGUUCCUCACGGGCACGCCAAUCAACGGUGCACUGCUGGGGAGCGACGAUCGGUGGUACCGGCCAACCGUGUUCAGUGGCGUAAGUGGUCCCUCAUGUCUAGCGGUCCUCGUGCUUAUCGUGAUCAGGUCGUGCUCGUCGUCGGGUCUGUGUUCACCAUCAUCACGCGAUUCCUGUAUGCACGACGCAAGGGCAUGCACCGCGUCUAACGGAGCACGUCUGCAUGUCCUUGGUUGCAUCACUCAGCGGUCAUAUUGCCCUCUAAAGUACAACAAUUCAUGUUAA